GCCACGUAGGAUCCCAGAUGCGGAAGUGCUUGCAGGUCCUGAAUGAGCAGCAUAGUAAAACUUACGACCGGGUCUUUUACACCGUGCUUCGCUGCUGUCUUCUUCUCCACCGCUUUUCUGUUUGAACAUUUACUCUCUUCCCUUCGUCGAAAUGCCUUUAAAGUUUGAGCUGUGUCCCGGUCGAAUGAUCGGAGGAAACCAUCCGUGCUUCAUCAUUGCUGAAAUUGGACAGAACCACCAGGGAGACAUUGAGAUUGCUAAGAAAAUGAUCAAAAUGGCAAAGGACUGUGGCGCAGAUUGUGCCAAAUUCCAGAAAAGUGAACUUGAGCACAAAUUCAACAAGCGAGCCUUGGAGCGCCCGUACACCUCCAAACACUCCUGGGGGAAAACGUACGGCGAACACAAACGCCAUCUGGAGUUCAGCCACGAGCAGUACAGGGAGCUACAGAAAUACGCAGAGGAGGUGGGGAUCUUCUUCACCGCCUCAGGGAUGGAUGAGAUGGCGGUGGAGUUCCUCCAUGAGCUCAACGUGCCUUUCUUCAAAGUGGGGUCUGGAGACACGAACAACUUCCCCUAUCUGGAGAAAACUGCCAAGAAAGGGCGUCCCAUGGUAGUGUCCAGUGGAAUGCAGUCAAUGGAGACGAUGCGUCGGGUCUACAAGACGGUGAAGGAGCACAACCCAAACUUUGCCAUCCUGCAGUGCACCAGUGCCUACCCUCUGGAGGCUGAAGAUGUCAACCUCAGAGUGAUCACGGAAUACCAGAAAGAAUUUCCAGAUAUUCCCAUUGGGUAUUCUGGGCAUGAGUCUGGAAUCAGUAUUUCGGUGGCGGCCGUAGCUCUCGGGGCAAAGGUCAUUGAACGCCACGUAACCUUGGACAAGACAUGGAAAGGAAGUGACCACGCGGCAUCACUGGAGCCUUCUGAACUGACUGAGCUGGUUCGCUCCGUCCGACUGGUGGAGAGGGCGCUGGGCAGUGGCGUCAAGCAGAUGUUAGCCUGCGAGAAGCCGUGCCAUGACAAGCUGGGAAAGUCAGUGGUGGCCAAAGUGAAGAUCCCCAAAGGAACAGUCCUGACUCUGGACAUGCUGACGGUUAAGGUGGCUGAGCCCAUGGGUGUCGCAGCCGAGGACAUCUUCCAGCUGGUCGGCAAGACCGUGAUGGAGGACGUGGAGGAGGACGAGAGCGUUGCACCUGAAGUGGUGGAGAGCUAUGGCAAAAAGGCCAAGUGCUGAGAGUGGAAGUUUGAAAUUAGUAGAGAAAAGCACUUAACUUGAGUUAUUUCCUUUGGGAAUAAUGAAGAAUGGUCCAGACCACACAUACGGAGGAGUGUCAGGGUAACUGCACUUGGUGCUGCUGAGGUUUGGGAUGUUUAAAGUCAUUUGUUAUGUUUCUGGAGAGUGGACGCAGAUUAAUCACAACUGUCGUGCUCUGAUGACUCACUCUCUCCAGUUGUUCUUCUUAGCCAAAGCAUUUUGUUUAAUUUUCCACAAGAAGCCUUAAUAGAAUACACUAACUCUGUGGCAAACAGGCUUUUUGACUCAUCAACUCAUUUUGACUGGAUUACUAUCCCACCCUGGAGUGAAGACAUUAAUAUUAAAUACACAGAAGCGAAACUGCUGCUGGUUUUAGCAUCAUGCUAUACAGAGAUCACAAAGCCUGUUUAUACACCAGCCACUGAGUUAGUGUAUUUGUCUGGUAGCCGUUCACUGAGCUCUCAGCAUUGUCAACUGGUACCAGAAGGAGCUUAAUUUCAACUCUGAGAGGAAAAUGUCUGCAUCAGAUUUGAAAAAGCUUACGUGUUGUAUGUACUUUUCCAUCUUUUUACUGACUCAGCCUCACACCCAAGUUUUUUUUGUUUUCUUGUUUAAAUGUGACCACAUUGAUGUCUGUUCAGAUUUGUUGUGUUAUGAGAAGACGACACCUCCAAAUAAAAUGUUACCCAUA